AUGGCCUCGGCGACUCCGGCAGGCGGCGAUGGCCUGGGCGAUGCGAGCGGCGGCGACCUCCCCCGCUUCGAUGGCAGUGGCGGCUACUCCAGCUCGGAUUUGUAUGAUGACAUUUUGGAUGUUAGGUUCUUUUUUUAUGCUUCAGAAAUGUUAGAGCUAAAGCUCUGCAGUUCAGAUGUAACAUACCUGAAUAUGAUUGCAGUGAUGGAAACCCAAGGAUUUACUGAAUAUGAUCUGCUGUUUCACAUUGAGAAUCCAAAUUUAGGGGAGAAAGGAUUGGAGAUGGUAGAGAGUAAUGCUGAGUUGCAAUUAGUAAAGAGGCAGGUUGAGGAGUGUAAGGUUUUAAAUUUGCUAGUGAGGGCAUGUCCACCUCCUUGCAGCAAGUUUGAGAGGCAAGAAUUAUCCACUGUUGUGUAUGAAGAGCCUGUGUUAUAUGAUCUCAGUGAGCCACCCAUCUAUGCUGUUGAUGAAGAUGGAGUUGCCUUUGAAUGUCAGAGUAGCAGCUGCAGUUUAGUAGCUCAUGGUACUGGUGUUUGCACACAAGAGAGCAAGAAUGUAAAAGGAAAACUGAAAGCUGUUUUGGAAAUAGAAGAAGAAGAGGGAUAUGAUGGCAGUGGUGGUUCUGAUUGUGAAGGUGAAGAUGACAGUGAUGUAAACCCUUUUUAUAUGGGUGAUGCUGAUGACAUAGAGAUGGAUGAGGGAAAGAAACAGAGAGAGUAUGAUGAAGUAGAAGAGGAAGAAACAGAUGAUGAAGAAUCUGAGGAGGAAGAAAUGGUGCAUUACUCUGGUGACACAGAGGUUGAGGAACCUUUUGAAAUGGAUGAAGAUGACAAGGUUGUUUCACAGGAUGAAGAAACUGUAAUUGUACAUGAAGAGAAGAAGAAGAAGAAACAGAAGCUUCCAGUUAGGAAAGGGCCUACAACAAGGACACAUUCAAGUGUAGUUCAAGAGGAGGAACCUGAUUUCCAACCUUCAUCUGAUGAAGAACAGAAAGGAUUGUUGAAGGAGGCUGAUGAUGAUGGUUAUGAGCCAUUGGCAUUUGUGCUGCCAAAGAAAAGGAAGAGCAGGGCAAAGCAGAGGCCUCCUAGAAAAUGGUACAAUGAGAAAUUCUUUAUGGUGGCAGCAGUUAUAAAAGGUGAAACUACUUUUGUAAUUAAGAAGAUGAGAAUUAAGCAUACUUGCCCUAUUAGUACAGAGACAACAAGGGUAAGUGCCAAGUGGCUUGCACAGAAGUAUGAGUCAUUGUUCAGAUCUGAUCUAACAACUGGCAUUCAGACUUUGAUUGAUGCCUGCAUGGAGAAGUAUGGUGUGGAUGUGCCCAAGUCAAUGGCAUAUAGGGCAAAGAACAUAGCUAUUGAUGCUGUGCUAGGAGACCACAAGAAGCAACACCCUAGGUUGAAAGACUAUGCUCAGACAGUGAUGGAUACAAACCCUGGGAGUAGAGUAGUAGUCACUACUGUAACUCCAACACCCACUGAAAAAAUCCCCCAUCCAGGUCCAAGAUUCCAUGCUAUGUUCUAUUGCAUCAAUGGAGCAAGGGAGGGGUUUCUCAAGGGGUGCAGACCAUUCAUUGGUGUUGAUGGGUGCUUCAUUAAGUUAACUACUGGUGCUCAACUACUUGCUGCCACUGGUAGAGAUGGCAACAACAAUAUAUACCCACCAGCAUUUGGUAUUGUUGGGCAAGAGGACACACCUAACUGGUGUUGGUUUCUACACCAACUUAAAAUCUGCCUAGGAGGAGAAGUGGGAAGGUUUGGUCCAUAUACAAUAAUGUCAGAUAGACAAAAGGGCCUACUAAAUGCAGUGAAUGAUGUCUUUCCUAAGUGCAACCAAAGGUUCUGCCUUAGGCAUAUCUAUGCAAACUUCCAAAAUGCUGGGUUUAGGGGGGAAGAUCUGAAAAAGUGUAUGGAUAAUGCUGCCUAUGCAUAUAGUGAACACAAAUUUAACAUUGCAAUGAAUGACCUUAGAGCUGAGUGUGAGCAAGCUUGGGAGUGGCUUUGUCAAAUACCCAAGAAAACAUGGGCAAGGCAUGCAUUUGACACAAACUGCAAGACUGACCUUGUAGUUAACAAUUUAUCUGAGGUGUUCAACAAGUAUGUCCUAGAUGUUAGGAAGAAACCAAUUAGGACAAUGUGUGAUGGAAUAAAGGAUAAGCAGAUGGUGAGGUGGCAUAGGAAUAGGGAGAGUGGAAAGAAAGCUAGAUGGGACAUAACACCCCAUUAUAGUGAGAAGCUAGAGGUUGAGAAGGAGAGGGCCAAAUAUUGCAAACCAAUUCAAGCUGGUGUGGACUUGUGGCAAGUUACAAGUGGGCAGCAAACCCAUGCUGUUAACUUGCAAAUGCACACAUGUGGGUGCAGAAAAUGGGACCUAAGUGGCAUCCCAUGUAACCAUGCCAUCUCAGCAAUAAACAAGGCCAAAAGAAAACCAGAGGAUUAUGUCAGCAAGUUCUUCAAGAAAGAAAUUUAUCUGGCAGCUUAUGAACCAAUGAUCUAUCCAGUUCCUGGUGAGCAUGACUGGACAAGGACCCCUGGUCCAGACAUUGACCCACCUGCAUUUAAAGUGAAGAGAGGAAGAAAGAAAGAGAAGAGGAUCAAGGGGAAAUUUGAAGUUCCAAAGCCUAAGGAGACAUCAAGAAUGGGGACUAUAACAUGUGGCAAUUGUGGACUGCAAGGACAUAGGUACACAAGCUGCAACAAGCAGUUGAAGCCUGAGCUGGCUUUGAGGAAGAACAAACAUGUGCCUCUUGCAAGGAAUUCCAAUGCUGGUGCUGCUGCUACUACACAAGCAUCAAGAACUUCUCAUCCAACUCCUACAACAACACCAACAGCUAGAAUAGGAGCUGGGAGAGGAGCUGGGAGAGGAGCUGGGAGAGGGGCUGCAGCUGCAGCUGCUGGGAGUGGUGCUGCUAGAGGUGCUGGUAGAGGUGCUGCACCAGGUGCUGGGAGAGGUGCUGGGAGAGGGAGAGUGUACUUUGCUGGUGCUCUUAUUAGUAACUCUGUUGCUGGAUAUAUUGUUGUAUACAUUGUUGGAUAUGUUGUUAAGGUCUAG